UUGUAUAUAUGAUAGCCUUUUACAAAUAAAAAAUAUUUUGGACAUAAUAAAAUGAAUAAUAUUAUGGAUUUUUGUGAAAUUCCAAGAUUUACAAUCAAUGAAAUUCAAUUAUUACAAGAGUAUUGUGAAGUCAUGACUCCUCUUGUAGAAUCACUUGACUUUUUGCAAGGAGAAGAAGGGAUGUUCAUGGGGUAUUUAUUACCUACACUCUAUGCUUUAGAUAAAAAAUAAAUUGUUUUACAACAAAAAAUUCUGAACUUUUGUGGACCCCUAGUAAAUAAAAUGAGAACAUCAAUACAAACUCGAUUUAAUACUAUAUGGAAAAAAAAAGAACUAAUAUUGGCAUCAUGUUUAUUACCACGUUUCAAAUUAUUAUGGCUCGAUGGCACCGAACGUUUCAUGGCAGAAGCUUGGUUAAAAUCUCUGUUUGAAAAUGAUGAUACUUCUAGUUCGGAAGCAAGUGAAACUGAAUCUUCACGUAUAGCAAGUAAAGAAGACUUUUUCUGUUUACCAGUAGAGAAAAAUACAACUUCAAGUUCUCGUAUUGAAGAGUUAGAAUUAUUCUUAAAAUGCCAGUCGAAAGACUUGACUGUGUUACUAUUGUACCCUGCAAUAUUAAAAGUAUUUUUAGAAUUUAACACACCCCUUCCAUCUAGUGCUCCUGUUGAGCGACUGUUUUUGACAGGUUCCAAUGUGAUGACACAAAAACGCCAUAAAUUGAGUGAUUCACUUUUUGAAAAAUUAGUUCUAUUAAAUGAAAAUUUUGUUUUGUUUUAAUAGGACUAAUAAUUCUCAAAUUUGUAAUUAAUGUGUGUGUUAAAUACUAAAAAUACUUUUAAUAUAAUACUAUUAAAUAGUAAAACUGUAAAUAAAUAGUUGUAAAUAGUGUAAAUAGUUGUUAACUGUACAAAUUUUUUACAGUUAACAGCUAUAAGUCUAAUAAUAAGAAAUAUGCAUUAUUACAAUGUCUUAAUAUUUAAAACUACAUCUGUAAUGUGUAGCA